UCGCCUUAUUAGUAAGAUUAAAUCAUGGCAUACCCAGCACACUUAUCGAUCUGCCAGUGAUUUAGCUGAUUCCUUAGCCAAGCGUGGAGUGGAAAGAGAUCAGGAUAUGAUGGUUCUUCUCUGUGAUAACUAAGCUUAACGGGCCAGUGCUACGUACGUCCAUCUUCAGGUUAAGUAGUUGGAUAAAAAGCCGAGAGAUGGAGAACAAUGUUUCAACAAAUGGAGUGGAUGAAAUACAACAUAAUUCAUCGGAAGAAGGUUCACUCGAGGAUAUAGCCAAGGGGAUUCAUUCCAAAUUAAAUCUUUUAAAGAAUUCUCCGCCUCCUUUGACACGAGAUUGUUUUAUAUUCUAUGUUCCCAACAAACUUCGUGAGGAAAAUUCACAUUUCUACUGCUCGCGAUCAGUGGUUAUUGGCCCUGUUGGUUUAUACAGAAGUGUUGGACAGCACAUGGAAAAGCAAAAGGGGAGAUAUCUAGCCUCGUUUCUCGAACGGGUUGAGGAGAGUUCUAGCUUAACCCUGAACGAUUUUUGCAAGUUGAUCAACGACGAUCUAGCAAAGAUCCGUGGCUGUUUUGAGAGGACCUGUUGCCGUGAGUUCCACUCUCCAGACCAAGCAAGACAGACCCUACAGGUGAAUGAAUCCGAUUCCUGGCGAUUGAUAGAAAUGCUUUUACUGGAUUCAGGCUUUAUCAUUGAACUCUUCUUGAACGGUAUGUCUGCAUUUUGUAGAGUAGACGCAAUUUUUGUUUCUUCAUUGUCUAAAGUUUUGGUUGCGUCUAAAGUGAUUGCAUUAAAACUUAAAAGUUCAUAA